AAUAUGGCUUCUAAUCCAGGAAUUCUCACCGAUUGGCCAUGGAAGCCUCUUGGAAGCUUUAAGUAUUUGAUCUUGGCUCCAUGGGUGGUACACAGCAUAUACUCAUUCCUAUUCAAGGAAGAGAAUAAAAGGGACCUUACCAACUUUCUCAUACUCCCAUUUCUAUUAUGGAGGGUGCUUCACAACCAGAUAUGGAUUAGUAUUUCUCGUUACCGAAAUGCAAAAGGCAACAACCUACUUGUUGACAAGAGUCUUCAAUUUGAACAAGUCGACAGAGAGCAAAAUUGGGAUGAUCAAAUAAUCCUCAAUGGAAUCAUAUACUACUUACUCAACAGCACGUUGCCUGGGGCUUCACACUUUCCUAUUUGGAGAACCGAUGGAGUAAUUAUAACAAUUUUACUUCAUGUGGGUCUCGUGGAAUUCCUCUACUACUGGUUUCACCGAGCAUUGCACCACCAUUUCCUUUACUCUCGCUAUCAUUCUCACCACCAUUCCUCAAUUGUCACCGAGCCUAUUACAUCUGUCAUUCAUCCAUUUGCUGAGCACAUGGUAUACUUUAUGCUCUUGUCUAUAACAUCGUUAACAACGGUCUUGACGGGAACUAGUUCUUUGGGUACUCUAAUCGGUUAUAUUACCUAUGUUGAUUUCAUGAACAACAUGGGUCACUGUAAUUUUGAAUUUAUUCCAAAGUGGUUGUUCUCCAUCUUUCCUCCACUCAAGUAUCUCAUGUACACUCCUACGUUUCACUCUUUGCAUCAUACACAAUUUCGAACCAACUACUCGCUUUUCAUGCCGUUCUAUGAUUACAUCUAUGGUACCAUGGACAAAUCCACUGAUACACUAUAUGAAACUUCUCUCAACAAAGAGGAAGAAGUGCCCCACGUAGUGCAUUUAACACAUCUCACAACAUUAGACUCAAUCUAUCAUCUAAGGCUUGGACUUUCUUCCUUGGCCUCUAGCCCUCACACCUUAAAAUGGUACAUGUGGAUAAUGUGGCCUAUAACAUUAUUGUCUACAAUGUUAACCUUGAUUUAUGGUCGUACAUUUGUGGUUGAGAGGAAUCGUUUCAAUAUGCUCAGCUUGCAAACUUGGGUCAUCCCGAAAUAUAGUGAUCAAUACUUCUUACAAUGGCAUAAUGACUCUAUCAAUCAUGUGAUAGAACAAGCCAUACUUGAAGCAGAGAAAAAAGGUGUUGAAGUGUUUAGUCUAGGUCUCUUGAACCAGGGGGAGGAACUGAACGGAUAUGGCGAACUCUAUGUCAAGAGGAAUCCUCAACUGAAAAUAAAGGUGGUGGAUGGAAGUAGCCUCGCAGCUGCCAUUGUGCUAAACAACAUUCCCAAAGGGGCAACCCAAGUUCUUAUUCGAGGCAAAAUCACUAAGGUUGCUUGUGCAAUUGCAGUUAAUUUAUGCAAACGAGGCAUCCAGGUAGCCACAUUAGAUGAGGAUGAACACAUGAAGCUUAACAAAUCGUUGGAUAUGAGCUCAGAGAAUAGUUUGAUCCUUUCAAAAAGUUACAGUCAAAAGACAUGGUUAGUAGGAGAUGGAUUGACUGAAGAAGAACAGUUGAAAGUACCUGAAGGAACAUUAUUUAUUCCCUAUUCACAAUUCCCACCAAAGAAAUUGCGAAAGGACUGCUUGUACCAUAGCACGCCGGCAAUGUUGAUUCCCACUUCUCUUGAGAAUGUUCACUCUUGUGAGCAGAAUUGGUUGCCAAGAAGGGUAAUGAGUGCAUGGCGUAUAGCUGGGAUAGUACAUGCAUUAGAAGGCUGGAAUGAUCACGAGUGUGGUUACACCAUGUCCAAUAUGGAGAAAGUUUGGCAAGCAAGUCUCCGACAUGGAUUUCAAAAUUUGAUGUUCCCAGAUGAAUCAAAAUACUAGCCUCAUAAGCAUAAAUGCACAUGCAAAUGCAACUGCUUGCUUUGGUGCGUAAGAGUAGAGUUUAUAUUUGUUAUUUCUAUUUGGAAUAUGAUGCAUGUCUUCUAUAAAUGAAUGCUCAAUAAGAGUAAGAAAAUAAAGGCAAUGUUUAGUAAAUGGAAUGUGUAAU